GACCCGCCCCCUCUGGCUACGAGAAUCUCCGCGGGUCGUCGCAGUGUGUGGGAGCGUUACGGCGGCGGCUGGGACUCAAGACCAUGCCGUGUGGCGCCAUGGCCGUCGCGCUACCGGCAGUCGUGGAGGAACUCCUGAACGAGAUGGCCGCGGCGGUGCAGGAGAGCGCGCGAAUUCCUGAUGAGCAUUUAUUAUCGCUGAAGUUUGUCUUUGGCUCAUCAGCCAUCCAGGCCUUGGACCUUGUUGAUCGACGGUCUGUCACCUUAAUCUCAUCACCUAGUGGAAGGCGUGUUUACCAGGUACUUGGAAGUUCUGGCAAAACAUACCUUUGUUUGGCCUCUUGUCAUUAUUGUUCAUGUCCUGCAUUUGCCUUCUCAGUGCUACGGAAGAGUGACAGUCUACUGUGCAAGCAUCUCUUGGCAGUUUAUCUUAGUCAGGUCACGAGGACCUGUCAGCAGCUAAGUGUCUCUGACAAGCAAUUGACUGACAUAUUAUUGACAGAGAAGAGACAAGAAACAUAAAAGGUACAGACUGAGCAUCAUCAAGUCGAAGCCCAUCAAGAAAUACAUUCAGUGUGUCAUGGCUCACGUGGAGCAGAGGUGAAACGGAUCUCCAGAGACCUUAUUACUAUCCUUUUCCUUCCUGGACUGAGGAGGGGCUGUGGGUUGUGGAAGGUGUAUAUAUGUUUAGAAGCCCAGCACAGUUUUCUCACAAAAAGCCUGAACCAGCCUCUGGGCCUCUUGAGUAAAAAAUGUCCCUGGAUGGAGUCAGCAUUUUAGAGUCAAAUAAAGCCUAACAUCUUGUUAUGUC